AUGGCGGAAGAAGCGCAAUUCAAAUCGACCUCCUUUGAGAUGACAACCACGGCUCCUAUUGCGAUGACUGACUGGAACAUCCAGUCCAUUGGGCGGAAGAUCCAAGAAGGGCUUGCUGAGGCCGUGAAUGAAGGGAAGAAUUUGUUCUUGCUUUUCUUUCUGAAGCACAACGUCCUCUUUCCUCCACGACGUCUCUUCUUUGACGGCAUUGAAGGCUCUGUUAGAUCCUCCUCUUCGCAGCACCUCGAGAUCAUUUCCAACCAAGGCAACCGCAUCAUCUUCGUGCAGUUUGUAGGAGGUGCAAGCUCAUUUGGUCUCGCUGAGGCGAUUUCUUCGGAUGACGAGGCUGCGUUGGCUGCGGCUCAGGCCCCUCCUGUGGAUCAGGCCCCUCAUGCGGUCCCACCUCCCGCUCAAGCAGUCCCACCUCAACAACAAGCUCCUCGCCGUCGUCAACAGCGUCGUCAGCGUCGUGUCCAAGAAAGCGAUGAUUCAUCGUCCGAGGGAGAGGAUUUCAUCGGUCUUAGCCAGCUCACCCUCUAA